UGCUGGAGAAGCAGCUGCCACCCAGAGCUGGAAAUGGGUUGGGCCAGGUCCUUUCGCCCCGAGAGAAUAGAGUUACCUGCCAACCCUCCCUGCUCGCCUUCCUGGCGCAGGUGAGGUGGAGAACCGCUCUUUGCUUGAAGAGCAGAAGGAGCAAACCUGGCCAGGCGGGCUUUUUCAGGUUUCCCCCGCCAAGCCUGCGCUGCGCAUUUGCACACCUGUUUUCCGUCACGUUGGCCAAGGAGGAAGAGGAUGGCGCUCUCUGUCCCAGUCCUUGUUUGUCAACCGUUUAAUGAUUGACAGGCAGGGGAAAUGCAGCAGCUCAGAGAGAGGAUCCCGGCUUCUGGAUGGCAGAAGUCUGAAUGGGAUUCUCCAGAUAAGGCUGGCGAGAGGAUUUUACCUUCUUCCAAGCCACUGGAACAAACCGGAGGCAUUUGGGGUUUUCUCCAGCCCUCGGACAUCUCAAGGGGAGUUUUGGGGCAUCUUCUACCACGGAGCCACAAGGCUGAAACCAACAUUUGGGAUGCAGGGAGGAGCUGUGAAUUUUGACCUUUUCCCGGAUAAGCAGAAAUGCCGCAGAUGGUCUGGGGAGCCGAUGAUGCCACUAAAUGCUGCUUGCAACCUUUGCAUGGUGACUGUAGAGAAACGGAUAAGGGAGGAGGAGGCCUGGACCCUGCAGAAGAGCCUCCAGGACGGCGUCUUCCGCUUCCAGGACUGGCUCCAGGCGGCUGAGAGGGUGGCCGCCUCUCCCAGGUCCUCCCAGGUCUCCUACGCCGGCUCCAAAAAAGAGCUGCAAAGGUUCCGGGCAUUGCAGAAGGACAUCUCGGAGAAGGUAUGGUCUUUGGAGUCCUUGAACAGGCAGUACCGCCAGCUGGUGUGGAUGGGGAACAUCAGUCCACGCCUGAAGUGCUCCGUGCAGGAGGUCAACUGGCGCUGGGAGGAAUUGCGGACACGAGCGGCUGCUGUUUCCAGGAGACUUCAGCAUUUUGUCAGUCAAUGGGAGAAGUUUGGACUGAAGAAGGAGACCAUCCAGGUGCGACUGAUGGAACUGGACCUGCGGCUGACAGACGUCGAGCACUUCUCCGGAGGGACGCCGCUGGAGAAAAUGAUACAACUGCAGGCGUUCCAGCAAGACGUCCAGACCAACACGGAACACGUGGAUCAUCUCGUGGUCUGCGCUGAGAAUUUGAUCCAGAAGAGCCAGCCGGAGGAUGCUGAGAUCUUGGAGGAAGACCUGAAGGAGCUGAUUGGGUUCCACCAAGCGGUCUUGUCCAGAGUGUUCCAGUUUCAGCGGCGCCUGGUCAGCAUGAGGCUGGUCUUUGAGGACCAGUGGGAGUCGGACCGCGACAGCGACAUGGAGUCGGACUGCUUCACGGAGGAAUCGCUGGCGUUUCGCACGGGGGACCCUGAACCCGCUGCCUUGACUCCCGAGGCUCUUUGGGGCCACUCCACCCCGAAACCAGCCCGGUGUUGCAGAGUUCUCGUCGGGGAGUCCUCGGCUGCAGAUCUGGAGUGGGACCCCUCGGUGGACGUGGGGGGGUCCACCUCGCAGGAUGAAGAUUCAUCGUAUUACAGUGCCGUUGUGGGCUUUGGCCGAGGGGACCAUCUUCGGCGAAGGAGCCGUUCUUGGCGCUGGAGCUGGGGCAGAACGGAAGACUUUUCGGUGCAGAGCAGUUUCCCAGAGGAGGGGGAGCCUGGGGCUCAUCUGAUGGAAACAGAUGUUUUGGGACCUCCCACCUCUCAGGAGCCAGGAGCUGCUCAGCUGCCCAGGACAGGGGUCUGCUGCCCACCCCUCGAAGCCACACGGUUUGAUCCCAAACGCAUUGAGACCUGGCUGGACCAGAACUGCCAGAACCAAAUGGGAAUCCCUCCGGAGAUCAAAGAGGACUCCAUAACCCAUGGGGAUGUGCUCCCACCGGCCAAGGAGCUGCAGCUGCCUCUGCAAAUUCAGACAAGGGGGAGGAAGGUCCAGCGAUGGUCCAGGAAAAAAGGCAAACAGAACCUCCUCACCAGCCAGUCGGGGAAGGGGCAACGGAUCUCCAAGACGCUAAAUGCCAAGUCAGCAAAAAUUAUGGUUACCAUUGAGAAAGAAUGUGACCUGCAGCUGCCCACCGGGAUCUGUGCCCAGCCCCAGAAGCUCUGCAGCGCCUCCGUCCUCUGGCUACUCUUGACCACGAUGUUGGCGGUGCUGGUGUGGCUGCUGUGCCAGUCCUCUUUCCUGCCCCUCUCCCAGCCCCCCUGCCUCCAGGCCAACGGCUUUGCCAAAUCCUUCCACCUCAUGCUAAAAUACGAGGGUCCGCCCCCCACGUAGAGGAGGUUGGAGGACGGGGACGCUGCAAUCAACCAAGGUCAAGAGUCCUCUAGGAAAAAAUGGGCUCCUAGGAGUUGGACCAGCUUCUUCUGGACUUCAAGAAGUUGCGUUCCUUGUGCCUACAUUUGCUCAGAGAUGGGCUCCAGAUCAGGAGAUCCAGAAGAUCCCUACAACUACGGGAAGAUAGCUUGGAUUUAGGUCUGUUGAACCACCUUGGAGUAGUCCCAGUGUAAAGAUGGGGCUGACUUUCCUCAAAGUAGGAUCAUCCAUCCAUGCAAAGAGGUAGGACAUCAACCUGUGGCCGUGACUGCUCAGGUGGCAUCUACUGACCUUUGGAGAAAGAAGCUUAUCUUGAAGCUCCAGCAAGGUCUGCUGUGCACGGAGCAGAUUUCUCAAGAGAUCCAUUUUGGGUGGGGGUACCAAAUCUUGAGUAACUUCCAGCUUUGGAUUAUGGGUACUUUUGUACAUGAGUUGUUUUGUACCUUUGGCAUCUGCCAUUUUCUAAUUAAAAAAAAGAGAAAGUGGUUGGUUGUGGCAGGUAGAUGCGAUCCAGGAGAUGACACCAAUGUCAAACUUGAUCCUCAAAACAAGAUCCCCUACCAGAAAGCUCCAAGUACCUGAGAGGUCCUAAAGAUAAAAGGAUGGAGUUUGUCAACCACAGCACCUUUUAGAUGAGUGGACUUCAACUCCCAGAAUCCUGGGAACUGAAGUCCACCUCUUUUCAAGCUGAAUUGCAUGACUGGGGAAUUCUGGGAAUUAUAGUCCACCCAUUUUUCCAGUUCAAGAGCAUGCUGACUGGGGAAUUCUGGGAGAUGAAGUCCAGAUAUCUUUAAAGCUCAUUAGCAUAAUGACUGGGGAAUUCUGUGAGUUACACACCUUAAAAGUUGUGAAGUCUGAGAAACAAUUAAUUAUGGAAACUGACUACA